CGCGCUGCCUUUUAAAGCGAGGGGGAUGGCAUGAGGGCUGUCAGUGAGAGGCAGGACGGGACAGACAAAGGAGGUUCCGUUGUAUCGUUUACUUUUUUUUAAGUGCCCCCCCUCUUAGCUUUCCUUUUUUAAAAUACAGAAGAGUAAACUUCUUACCUCAUCCUUAAAAAUGUACAGGUAUUUGGGCGAGCUGCUCUCUCGCGGAGCUGGUAGCGCUUUGGCCUCGGGAUGUGUCGAGUCUGCUUUACCGGCUUCCGCCUCCCUGAUGCGGGUCCGCCACUACAGUGAAGCCGUUGAGGAGAAGGAGGACGACCCCAACUUUUUCAGAAUGGUUGAGGGCUUCUUCGAUCGCGGCGCCAGCAUUGUGGAGGACAAGCUGGUAGAGGACUUGAAGAACAGGGAGACCCCGGAGCAGAAGCGGCACCGGGUCCGCGGAAUUCUCAAGAUCAUCAAGCCUUGCAACCACGUCCUGAGCGUUUCGUUCCCCAUCAAGCGAGAUAACGGCGAGUGGGAGGUGAUCGAGGGCUACCGGGCCCAGCACAGCCAGCACAGGACCCCCUGUAAAGGAGGUAUCCGGUACAGCACAGAGGUGUCUGUCGACGAGGUGAAGGCCCUGGCCUCCUUGAUGACAUACAAGUGCGCUGUGGUGGAUGUACCAUUUGGUGGAGCCAAAGCAGGAGUGAAAAUUAACCCAAAGAAUUACUCGGAUAAUGAAUUGGAGAAAAUCACCAGGAGAUUCACCAUCGAGCUAGCAAAGAAGGGUUUCAUUGGGCCUGGCAUUGACGUCCCUGCCCCUGACAUGAGCACAGGGGAGAGGGAGAUGUCCUGGAUUGCAGACACGUAUGCCAACACCAUGGGCCACCAUGAUAUCAAUGCCCAUGCCUGCGUGACCGGGAAGCCCAUCAGCCAGGGCGGGAUCCAUGGCAGGAUUUCGGCUACCGGCCGGGGGGUCUUCCAUGGCAUCGAAAACUUCAUCAACGAGGCCACCUACAUGAGCCUGCUGGGCAUGACCCCUGGCUUUGGAGACAAGACCUUUGUCAUUCAGGGCUUUGGGAAUGUGGGUCUGCACUCCAUGCGCUACCUGCAUCGCUACGGGGCCAAGUGUGUGGGAGUUGGCGAAGUGGACGGCUCCAUCUGGAACCCCAAUGGCAUCGACCCCAAGGAGCUGGAGGACUACAAGCUGCAACAUGGCACAAUUGUGGGCUUUCCCAAUGCUACCCCGUAUGAAGGAAGCAUCCUAGAGGCCGACUGUGACAUCCUGAUCCCUGCGGCCAGUGAGAAACAGCUGACCAAGGGCAACGCACACAAGAUCAAAGCUAAGAUCAUUGCUGAAGGUGCCAACGGCCCCACAACUCCUGCAGCUGACAAGAUCUUCCUGGAGAGGAAUAUCAUGGUUAUUCCGGAUAUGUACCUGAAUGCUGGUGGUGUAACCGUGUCAUAUUUUGAGUGGCUAAAGAACCUGAACCAUGUGAGCUAUGGCCGACUGACCUUCAAAUAUGAGAGGGACUCGAACUACCAUCUGCUUAUGUCUGUCCAGGAGAGCUUGGAGAGGAAGUUCGGGAAGCAUGGCGGAACCAUUCCUGUCGUGCCCACUGCAGAAUUCCAGGCCAGAGUGGCUGGUGCUUCUGAGAAGGAUAUUGUCCAUUCUGGCCUUGCUUACACUAUGGAGAGGUCAGCCAGGCAAAUUAUGCGCACUGCCAAGAAGUACAACCUGGGUCUGGACCUGAGGACAGCUGCCUAUGUCAAUGCCAUCGAGAAAGUCUUCAAGGUGUACAACGAGGCAGGACUGACCUUCACAUAAACUGCCACCCUGCGGUCUGUCUUUCUGUACAGACCCAGGACGCCCAGCCUCUCCCCUGCCCGUCCAAUACAGCCUUUAUAACAUAUCAAGCGUUUACAUAUUAUAUACCAUAUGCUUUCCAUAUAUAACCACCAGAAAAGCUCUUCUGUCCUUUUAUGUGUUCCUGCAAGUUUAGAGACGUAACAUGACGGUUAACCUGUGUUCUAAGAUAGCCCAAAGCUAAUCUGUAAAACAGUCCUGCUCUUCACUCAUGCUAUAAUUUUAAACUCUUUCUCUAUCAUCACAUUUCACUACAAUCCUCAUCAGAUUGCAUUGUGCUCUUUGUAACCUCUUAAAUCAGACCUGAUCCGAGCUCAGUUUGGUACCGCUGAAGCAGCUCAGCGAACCGUUGAGCCUCCUGUACAGGUAUGAAGAGACUUGUGUGAGCUGCUGUUCUACAGUAUAUGCAGUGUAAUCUGUGGGGUGUUAUACAGCAAGCAGAGGUGAGGGGGAGAAAGAUAAAAUAUACCAGUCUCUGAGAUGGAGUGUGACUUCACAGAGGCCUCUCACUGGGCCUGUACUAACAGUGUGGAUGUCCUGUCCCAGCUGUUGGCAAAUUUAGUUGGUCAGUUUCAGUGUUUUGAGUUACCAAGUUUUUAACAGAGCUGUUCACUUUUUUUAAACCUGCCUUAGUUUUAAAGUUUAAAUUUAUUCUAUAUUGAGAAUUGGUCCAUUCUCUUAGCUCUAAGAGGUAUAUGAACUAAAACUUAAAACUAAAGUUUUAUGUUCUCUGAGAUACAUUUUCUAAAGAUCUUGUUGAUUUAAUAGUUUGGUCAGUGCAUCAAUGCUGUUUAGUUCCAUAAGUACAGGCUCUUAGAAAUUGCUUAACCCCAUUCAAAAGCACUGCUUUGGUUGCUGAAGCUGAAUUUGGUCAGAAUGUUAACUGUCAGGUUUUGACCUGUAGGACCUGUAUGAAAAGCCACACAGAGGGAAACGCAUAUGGGAACAAAACUGUUUUUUCUUUCUUUUGCCAUGUGAACCUUGAUCUGGAAACUGCUUUGGGAUUAUUGGUAAAUUUGUUAUGCCUUUUUUGUUUUUGCCAAAAACAUUCAAAAUAAAAGAACAACAAAAAAUGCU